UGAAAACCCAAGCUGAUUUCACACCUCUCUGUAUUUUAGGGCAGUGCAAACCAGAAAUUGGUUCCAGCCCAUUUCGGAGAGGGAAGAUCUCUGAAUACAGCACCUGGGAUGCUCCAGGACAUCUGAGCCGCUCGUCUUUGCUAAACAACCCGUGGCAAAUACUGGAGAUUGGCCCGAAAUGACCAGGUCAGACCUCAAUUUCUGUUCCCCUUCUGGAGAAACUCGUUCCUGCGAUGGCUAUAUAGGGAUCCCCGAGACCUCAGCCCUCCUUCCAACCUCGGCAUUUAAGUCAGCUAAAAUUAGGUGCUGGGAACAUCCUCCCGCUGCCAGCACAGCUGUCGUGCCCCUCUCGGUCCCUCCAGCAAAUGUGGAUACCUUUUUUUUCCCAGGGCACCACGGUCCUAGGACGAACUUGGACUCGCCAAAAAUCUCCAGCAGGGACAGCCCCCACCAUCACGGCCCCGUGAGCAAAACAGCCCCAGCUUGGUUAACAUACAGAAAACCAGCUGCAGGUCCCGGUAGACCAAGCUGUGGGCACUUGGAGGUUGUUCCAGUUGGGAAGCGAACGUGAUGAUGGAGUCAGGGAAGACGAAUGCAGAUCUGGAAGAAUGGGAUGCCAAAAUCAGGAAGCUAACAGAAGAAUUUGAAGAAAGUGACACGGAGCUCGAGGAAUGUGACACAGAAAAUGAAAUAGGGGAGCUCACGGCUGAGAUUGACAAUCUGACUGCGGAGCUUGAGGAACGUGAUAGAAAAAUCAGAAAACUUACUUCAGACCUUGGUGAAUGCGAUACAAAAAUCAAGGAGCGUGAUAGAAAAAUAACCAAGCUCUCAGCAGAAAUACGUAGGCUCACUGCACUGCUUGGGGACCGAGACAAAAAGCUUCGGAAACUGACUGCAGAACUUGCAAAGUGUGAUGCAACGAUUAGAAUAUUCACAGUGGAACUUGGAGAGCGUCAUACAAAAAUAGGGGAACUUACCGCAGAAGUCGGGGACUACGAUAGGAAACUUCGGAAACACGCAGCAGAACUUGCGGAACGGGAUGAGAAAAUCAGGGAACAUGAAGCAGAGAUAAGGCGUCUUACCGAGCUGCUUGAUGAACUCACCGAAGAACUUGAUGAAGUCACUGAAGAACUUGGGGAACGUGAUAAAAAAAUAGAGGAACUCACUGAAGAGCUUGCCAAGCAGACUGCCCAGAUCGGUGAACUCACCACAGAGCUGGGGGAACGUGAUGCCAAAAUCGAUGAACUGUCUGCAGAAAUGGAAAAACGCGAUAGGAAAAUUGACGAACUCACUGCAGAGCUUGAGGAAUACAAAGCAAAAAUGAGAAAAUGCAUUGAAGAGCACAGGAAAGAGGAAGAAAAAUUGGCAAAUGUGACGCUGGACCCCGAGACAGCCCACCCUCGCCUCAUCCUGUCCAAGGACCAGAAGAGCGUGCGAUGGGAAUACAUGCUGCAGGAGUCGCCCGACAGCCCCGAGCGCUUCGACGCCGAUCCCUGCGUGCUGGGUUGCGAAGCCUUCACCUCUGGGCGCCACUACUGGGUGGUGGAUCUGGCAGAAGGGCAGUACUGCGCCGUCGGGGUCAGCAGGGAGUCUCUGCCGAGGAAGGGACCCAUCAGCUUUAAUCCCGAAGAAGGGAUCUGGGCCGUGCAGCAAUGGGGAUUCAAGAACCGAGCCCUCACCUCCCCUCCGACCCUCCUGAACCUGCCACGGGUCCCCAAAAAGAUUCGCAUCUCUCUAGACUACGAGUGGGGUGAGGUGGCUUUUUUUGACGUUGAGAACAAAGUCCCCAUCUUCACUUUUCCUCCAGCCUCCUUCGCCGGGGAGCGGAUCCGGCCUUGGUUCUGGGUGGAGCUGGGCUCCCUCUCUCUGGUCCGAUGACCCUCGCGUUCCUGGUUCAUCUUGCCAUGAAGCUCCCAGUGAGGUACUGGGACUCCUAAAAGUCGUGGGGAGGUCAAACCAGUGCUUGUGAUCAUUGUGGGGCCAGCUGUGAUGGGAGGCGGACAAUUAGGGACAUCACCAAAGCCACUGGAUCUUGGGGGAAGCAAGCUCUUCACCUUUCACUGCACUUUAAUAGCACCAAUGAACUCCUCGUUAACGUCUGCUUCUUCCUAGCUACCUGUAAAAAAAAUAAAAUUAAAUUAAAUCUUGUCUUUUGCCCCACCACGGCAUCAGCAACUGGUAGGUACCAGCUCACAAUAAACCACUUGAGCCUCUC